CAUCUUUUAUUCUUUAUUCAGAUUGAACUGCAGGUUGUCAGAGACCAGCUGGACUUCUCUGUUCUCAACUCUGAAGUCCAAACCGACCCAUCUGACAUUACUGGACCUGUGCGGAACCAACAUGGAAGAUUCUGGACUGAAGGAUCUCUGUGGUUUUCUACAGACUGAAGGCUGCAGACUGGAGACAUUGGGAUUGUUUGACUGCUGGUUGUCAAAGAUCAGCUGUGAUUAUUUGGCUUCAGCUCUGAAGUCCAACAGCCUCCAUCUGAAAGAACUGAACCUGGGAGGAAACGACCUGGAGGAUUCAGAUGUUCAGCAGCUGAAGGAUCUUGUAGAUGAUCUAAAGUUCUGAUCUCUGUAAAGUAGAGAAUGAUCUCUGUGUCCUGCUGAUCCUCAGAGGUUGAAGCUGCAGCAGUUUGAGUCUAAAGAGACUCUGACUGGAUCAUGAUGAUGACCUCUGACCUCCAAGAUUUUCCUCCUGUUUGUUUUCUCAUGUCUGUCAUUUAGUGUCUGAUAUUGUUUGUCUCUUUGGAUCAAUAAAGAUCCAAUUCAAACUGGGCUCCAUUUAGAGGCUUGAUGGAGUUUUGAUCUGAACUGGAUUCAACUGGAAAGUUGAUCUUUUUUCUCUCUGAUUCAUUUUCAUCCUGGAACCAGAAAUGGUCUGAGAAUGGAAACAUGGGAAUCAUUUCCAGUUCAGCUUUGAAGCCAUGAAAGAAACUUCAACCCUCUUUUCUCUGCUGCUUCUUCCUUCUGUUGACAUGAAAAUGUUCCUCAAAGCUCCUCAGAGAAAAAGAUGCUUUACUGGAAACUGGAGAGAAACUUCAGUUUCCAACACAGAAACCAGUAGAACCAGUUUAGAACUGGAUGUCCCACAGAAACUCUGAUCUUAGAACAGUUUUCAGGAACAUCCAUCAUUUAUCUGAAAAAAAAAAUAAAUAUAGAUAUAUAUAUUGUGAUGGAAAAAUUACAAUAAGGUCACAUCUGCUAGUCAUGUUAUAUGAAAUGCUUAUGAACUUUCACCAAAAGAACUAUUUGGGUUUCAUGUACAAGGUUGGAAGUUUGUUUUCCACAGCUGCCAUCCCAUAACCUUGCAUAAAACCCAUGUGUAGUUUUUGCUUGGCAGUGCUUUGCAUCCAGACUUGCUUCAUUACUGAUUGUCCUAUGAGCUCUCGCUAUAUUAUGCACAAUAUAUGAAUAAACCUGAUUGAGUGAUUUUACCUGAACAGUGCUUGGAAAUAGUAUAUUUCCACGAAAAUACAUAAAUAACUUUUGCAUCAUAGUCAUUGUUGGAAAAUUGAUUUUAUCAGAAAGUUAAUGUUUUCACAUUAUUAUUCUGUUCUUUCAUGGUACUUUAUUAACUGUUUCAGGACGUCUACUUUAGACUGUUGUAUCUCCAGGUUUCAACACUUGUCCAACAACCCCUGACCAAAAUCCCACUGAACUCCAGAAAAACACAACAUAUUUCUGACAUGAAUAUCCAAAAACGCCAACCAAGUAAUGAAUGUAACAGCAUGGAUGAGAUCUUGUAACAAAGGAUUGGCCUCAUUGUUCUGAUGGAUGUUAUCGGUUUAAUUAACGGACUCCUUUGUUUUCUUGACAGAUGUAUAAUUUGUCUGAAUAAACCUGCAAAUAAAGAUAUUUAACAUCA